AUGGCCUCGACAUUCUAUGCAUGGUUGCGGUCUCCGAAAGCGCGGGAGUACUUUUUCAGUACUCACUUCUGGGGCCCGGUUGCGAACUGGGGUCUGCCCCUCGCGGCCAUAGCGGAUCUGAGGAAAGAUGAAGAAGUCAUCUCGGGGGCUAUGACUUCGGCACUGGCGUCCUAUUCUUUGGUCUUCAUGCGCUUCGCCUGGCGUGUAGAACCAAGAAACUACCUGCUUUUCGCGUGUCAUGCGACGAACGCGACAGCACAAACAGUACAAGGCAUCCGCUUCAUCAACUACUGGUACAUGGGUGGACGCGAACGUGCGUUGGCGGCGAAGAGUGCGACACCUGCGAAGUGA